AUGAAAUUAUUAAUUGUAUUCGCUUUAACAGUAGCCAGCGUUAGUGCGGCUAAUUUGGAUUUUAUUGCGCAAUCUGUCUUGCCAAAAGGUCGCAUCCUCAAUGGCCAUGAAGCCGCCAAGGCAGAAGCUCCUUAUAUUGUUUCACUAAAAGGCGAUACACAUUUCUGCGCUGGCAGCAUUAUUGAUGAACAUUGGGUCUUGACAGCUGCUCAUUGUUUGAUUUACGACAGUUUUGAAAUUGUGGCUGGUUUACACGAACGUGACGAUGAAUCUAAUGUCCAAAUCCGCAAGGUUUCAGGCGAAGACGUUCAACUUAUUCAUGACAAAUUUAUGGGCACAGUUGCACCUUACGAUAUUGGUCUAAUUUACAUUGAAGAAGCAUUUGAUUUAAAAACCUUAAGAGAUGACGAUUCUCCUACCGUUGCCAAGAUUAACUUGCCGUCUGGCGAAUAUGCCCCAACAGACAAAGCUACAUUGUACGGCUGGGGUCGUGACAAGAAUGGUGAUACGCCAAACACUUUGCAAACUUUGGAUGUAGACAUUAUUGGUUACACUGAAUGUAAAGACGCUUUCCCUAUAGAACUGGGUUCUCAAGUUGAUUCCAGCUCCAACAUUUGCUCGUUCACCCCAAAUACCAUAGAUGGUGCUUGCAACGGUGACUCUGGUGGCCCAUUGGUUCGUUGCACUAGUGAUGGCACUGAACUUAUUGGCAUUGUGUCGUGGGGUUUCAUUCCAUGCACCACUGAAUAUCCAUCUGUUUACACUAUGACUUCUGCCUACAAUGAUUGGAUUCAGGAGACUAUUGCAAAUUUCGAAUCUGCUAAGAUUUCCAAUUAAACAGUUUCGAAAAUUCAUAACAAUAAACUAAUAAAAGCAAAUGUUUCUAAAAUACAUAUGAUUUUUGUUCUGGAAUUUAUUAAUAUUAUUAUUUUUUUUUCUUGUAAAUAAAUAAAGUAACUACUAUUUUGUAUUAUGGUUAUGCUUAAAAUCUA